AUGCAUCAAGCCAUACUCAAUAUCGAUGCGUCUGUUUGCCGCGAUCUGGGAGAGAUCGGGCACGGAGAGAUGGUGCACAUCAGUGGACGCAUGGAAGAGAUUUUCAGGGACACGAAGACUUCUCAGAAUGAAAGAGCUCGGAUUCGGGAGGAAAUUUUGAAGAUCCAAAACUUCCAGCUAAUCUCAAGCUUGACGAUUGCAGAUGGAGCGCGAUUUGAAUCCCCAAAAAAUCAAGAGAGUGCUCGAUGCUUUGAAGAAACCCAGGUUGAAGUUCUUAGACAGAUCCGAGCUUGGAUUAUGUCCCCUGAACCAGCUCAUAUGUUCAGGCUUCCAGGAAUGGCCGGUAUGGGGAAGUCCACAAUCGCACGAACCGUUGCGGCAGAGUGUCGCAAUUCGAAAUCUUUGACUGGCAAUUUCUCCCUCGGAGCGAGUUUCUUCUUUGACGAAAAAGAAAAAUCCCAAAAUAAUGCGGCGCGUUUGUUUCCUACCCUGUGUCGCUCACUUGCAGAAUGUCUCCCGCAACUGAAAGCCGACAUCGUCGAGUCCAUCGGAAAUGACAAAGACUUUGCAAACGGAUCACUCAGCGACCAGUGGGAGAAGCUCAUCCUCAACCCAAUUUCAAAGUUGGAGGAGGAAAAUCACCCUCUACCUUUGACACUGGUUGUGGUGAUAGACGCCCUUGAUGAGUGCAAGCCCAGAAGAGAUGACAUGGAUGAUGUUCAUACCGUAGUGAACUUGAUCGCCAAGGCUCACAUACUGAAGGUCAUCAGACUGAAAUUCCUCUUCACUAGCAGGCCAGAAGCAUAUAUCAAUUCAACCUUCGAAUCCAAGCCCGACACCCUUCUUCGCAAAUAUGAAGUCCAGAAAGUACAGCCGAACUUUAGCAGCGGAGAUAGUGAAGACGACAUUACUCGAUGGUUGAGGCAUCAACUAGGUGCAAUCGCUGAGGACCAUCAGCUUGGGCCUAAAUGGCCUGACAAAGAGAGAUUCAGAGGACUGGUCGAGAAAACUGACGGACUAUGGCAAUACGCUUCUACGGCCUGCAAGUUCAUAGGCGACCGGCGUUUGAACCCUCCCAGCGUGGUAGUUGGGAGAUUGGAUCUCCUCCUAAAAGAAGGCGGCGACGUUCGGAAUCGACCCCCUGAGCACAAUUUGGAUGAAAUUUACGAACGGAUUCUAAACAACCACGUUGCUUUUCUUGUCCCAGUCGAAAAAGUUAACGCUAUCCGUCUUUUUCAAAUGGCGGUUGGAGCAAUCGUCGUGCUUUGUCAACAAAUCUCAAUCACGGCCCUGAGCGAUCUUCUAUUUGCGGAUAAAAACGAGGUUGGACAGGCUCUCGUGGGAUUAGGCUCACUGAUACAUUUGGGCCACGGCGAAGGCUCCCCGAUUCGCCUGGCACAUCUCUCCUUCAGUGAUUAUCUUCUUGACAAGAACAGAUGUCUGGAAGGUGGCUUCCGCAUUUCGAAGGAAGUCAAGCAUGGUGAAUUGCUGGGACAUUGCCUCAAAACCCUUUCUGACAGUUUGAGAUCUGAUAUUUCCCAAUUUGGGAGCUUUUCCAUGCUUAGGCAGGAUAUCGACCCACAAGUUCUCAGCGAGUGUCUUCCUGCUCAUGUCCAAUAUGCUUGCCUGUAUUGGAUUGAGCAUCUACUGUCAAGUGACAGCCAUCCCCUUGACGAUGGGCCAGUGCAUGGCUUGUUGAAAGAACAUCUUCUGAACUGGAUUGAGGCUUUGAGUCUGAUGGACAGGGUAUCUAGUGGAAUGCAUGCUGUGGUGAUGCUUUCGGGGCAUUUAAUGGAUCUUCCUCACGAUGGAAGACACGAGCUACGAGCCUUUGUCUAUGACGUGAAACGUUUCAUGCUUCAUUGCAGAUCUACCAUUCAGAUGGCACCCUUGCAGAUUUACAGAUCCGCUCUCAUUUACUGUCCCUAUGAAAGCCUGGUUCGGAAACAGUAUGGGCAUUUGAUAUCCGAAUGGAGUACUCUGGUGAGUAUGGAUACAAACUGGAGUCCUUUGCUUCAGACCCUCCAGGACAAUGGUUCUUGUCGGAGAAUUGAUGUCGCCUUAUCAUCUGAAGGCAAGCUGGUUGCUUCUUCUAAAGGGUCGGUCUGGGACACAAAUACAGGGACACUCCUCAAAACCUUUGAUACGAACGGAAAAGGACACGCUGUCACAUUCUCUCACGGCGGAAAUCAUGUCAUGAUAUUUUCUCUCCUUGGAGGAGUCGAAGUAUGGGAUGUGCCUACAGGGAGUCUGGUCCAAAAGACUGAAUACCGGCAUUCAUUUGACUGGCCCGAUGUCAACUCGGCUCAGAGGAGUAUGACGCCAGAUAAAUCCCGCGCUGCCUAUGCUCUUCAAGGCAAGAUUGUGGUCUCUGAUACGCGGGAUGGCAGGGUAACUGACUUUGAAGUUACUUCGUACCCCACCUUGAGCUUGGCCUUGUCAUUGUCACCUUGUGGUGAUUAUUUAGCGAUCGUCGGGAACGGUGAGAUGCUUCAGGUCUGGAACACAAACUCUGGUGGCUUAGUGCAUGACUUCACAGAGGAUCUCGCCGGGCAAGACGUGUCUCAUGUGGCCUUCUCACAUGAUGGGCGUUUUGUGACAGCGGCUGGUUCAGACAUUUGGAUCUGGAGUAUGGAAAAUUUUGAGGUCUUCAAUAUUGAUAACGAUGACGUGGUCACUCACAUCGCUUUUUCGCCAGUCGGAAGUUUUCUGUGUGCUUCCAGCGAAUUCGAUGGGGUUGUUUCAUGGUGGGACUGGGCUUCCGGGACGCUUGUUAGCAGCAUCAAGUCCGAUCAUGGUUUGAGCCAGCUUUCACAAGAUGGCAGACUUUGCGCACUAUUACCGUUUGAUGACUCUUUUUCGGGUCGAGUGCCCUCAAAUCAAAUCAAAGUCUGGAAUCCCAGCUCUGGCGAGGACCCAAGGUUCCUUGAUGGCCACUCCAAAUCUGCCCGGAGUGUUUCCUUUUCAAGGAAUGCUUCUCUUCUAGCUUCCACUUCAGAUGAUGGCACUGUUCGUCUUUGGGAUCUUACGGGUCACGCUGGAAGUCAGCGGCCGGUCGAUGUUGGCCUAGAAACAAUCACGCGACUGUAUAUUUUCUCCGACUACCAGCAUGUGGUUGCAUCAGACAGGCGGAAACAAUGCCUCUGCAAUCGUGGCACUGAUGAGUUUCUUGAACAUGUCCAAACCCAUGAUUCCAUGAUGAUAGCCUACUCACCAAAUGGCAUGAUGUAUGCCUAUAUCCAUACAAUGGAGAACAGUCAGCUAGCAUUCAGCGCAGACAGUGAGCUUAUAGCACAUAGUUAUCUUGGAUUCAACGAGAAUGAUGAAGAUAAUCAACAGGGCCUGAUCGAGAUCUGGGAGGUGAGAUCCGGUACUUCACGGGCAUUGCUUCAUCUGGAGCACUACAGAUGUUCCGCCUUGGUGUUUUCAAUGGAUGCUAAUUAUAUGGCCGUUGCAAUUGAUCUAUAUCCCAGAAUUGCUUCAGUCACUGGUGAUUCUAAUGAGAGGGAUACUGAGAACCAUUGCUCGGUCGUCCCAUUUCAGCCAGCCAUAUUGAUUUGGAACAUUUCCGAUCGAGAUGGUGACACUAAUUCAGCGAUGAUAUCAAUAUCUGCUGAUGAUGGAAUAUAUGACGGGUAUUGGCCCAAGAUUGAUGAGCUGGCAUGGUCGCCAGAUGGAAAGGUUCUUGCCUCGGUAAACAAGUUUGGAGAUAUCUUUCUUUGGGAAAUCUCUACCAGGUCCUUGAAGGUAGAACUGGCCGACCCUGGCUGGUCGUGUUUUGAGGUUAUCAUAUUCUCCCCCGAUGGAAGAUACUUGGCUGCCUCAUGCUUAGAAGGGCCCACCGCUCUAUGGGACAUGUCCACGGAUGAGUUCAUCGGCACCCGACAAAUCGGAGCAGAAAAGCACUCCUUGCAUUUUUCUGCUGAUGGCAAAACUAUUGAAACCUCAAUGGGCCGCCUUGAUGUUGAGUCCUUUUAUCCUGAGCCACGACGUGCAUCUCAUUUAGAUUUUGCAGUGGAAGACAAUUGGGUUUUGGUUGGGCAGGAAAAGGCUGUUCUGUUGCACCGCGAUUACAAGCCCACAUGCGUCGUCAUUGCAGGAGAUGUUCUGGUGAUGGGCCAUGAAUCAGGUCGGAUUUCCUAUCUUCAAAGGAACUGA